AGCGAGCGGAGCCGGAGAGCAGAAGCUCAGAAGCUCCUUCAACUCGGCUGGAUACGCGCUUCUCCCUCAGCGCUCGGUCUCUACUCCUGUUUUCACCAACUCGGUUGGUCGUGAGGAUGGACGAGUUACAGGAUGUGCAGUUGACGGAGAUUAAGCCUCUUCUGACAGACAAGAAUGGGCGAAACUUCCAGGACUUUGACUGUCAAGAGCAUGAUAUCGAGACUCCCCACGGAGUUCUUCAUGUCACUUUGAGGGGAACGCCCAAAGGCAACCGGCCCGUCAUCCUGACCUACCAUGACAUUGGCCUCAACCAUAAAUCGUGCUUCAACACACUGUUUAACUUCGAGGACAUGCAGGAGAUCACACAGCACUUCGCUGUGGUCCAUGUGGAUGCUCCAGGCCAGCAGGAGAACGCACCACCCUUCCCCAGCGGGUAUCAGUACCCUAUGAUGGAUGAACUGGCUGAGAUGCUGCCGUCGGUCAUCACCCAGCUAAAGAUCAACAGUGUUAUUGGCAUUGGUGUGGGUGCAGGAGCCUACAUCCUCUCCAGACUGGCACUGAAUCAGCCCGACCUGGUGGAAGGACUGGUUCUUAUCAAUGUGGACCCCUGUGCAAAAGGCUGGAUGGACUGGGCUGCCUCAAAGUUAUCUGGAUGGACUAGCAACCUGGUGGACAUUGUGAUGGGGCAUCAUUUCAGCACGGAUGAGCUUGCGGAGAACCAGGAGAUCAUUCAGACGUACCGUCUACACAUCGCUCAGGACAUUAAUCAGGACAACCUGGCGCUCUUCUGGAACUCUUACAACAGCCGUCAAGACCUGGAGAUCGAGAGACCCAUUCCAGGGAUUAAUGAGGACACAGUCAACACCCUGAAGUGUCCCGUGCUGCUCAUAGUAGGUGACACAUCCCCAGCUGUGGAAGCAGUGGUUGAGUGCAACUCAAGGCUAAACCCCACAAAGACUACCCUGCUCAAGAUGGCAGAUUGUGGAGGUCUACCUCAAGUUGUUCAACCUGGUAAACUUGCUGAGGCCUUCAAGUACUUUGUCCAGGGAAUGGGCUACAUCCCCCAUGUGCUCCUCAGCCACCUGAACAGCGACUCAGUGCCCACUGCCAGCAUGACCCGUUUGGCACGCUCUCGUACCCACUCGGCGUCCAGCGUAAGCUCGGUGGACGGGGUGCGUAGCCGCACUCACACCAGCUCCCAGCCGGAGGGCGCGACUGCCGGCCCAGGACACGACAACCAGGCCAGACCACAAACCAUGGAGGUGUCCUGCUAAACCUUGUCUCUCUUGCUCUCUCUCUCUCUCUGUCUGUCUCGUUCUCUCUCUCUCAAAGGGGAGUUGCACUGAUUUUUUUUUUUUCUUCCCCAAAAUGUCAGUUGAAUUCACUUCAUCAGAUGUAAACAAAGUCACACAGAAUGUUUGAAAAGAAAAAUUAGAGAAAAAUACUCACGUUUCUUUCCAGUGGUGGUGAUGGGAACCAUGGCUCACAGAGUACACAGUGCAGAGAUUUUGUUCAUUAUCCCAGAAAUCAUUAACAGUACAUGUGUCUUGAAGCAAAGUGCACUGUAGGGAAAAAUAGGGCUCAAAGAAAGCUUUUACACUGCGUUCAUGUAAUUUACCACCACAAUUUUAAGCACCCUCAGCAUUGCAGAUUAUUAAGAUGGCGCUU